AUGGCACGUCUAGUUCAAGAUAACGCUCUUUUCUUGGGCCUUGACUGCUUCACGCAGAGCAUGUCAGCUCUCGUUGUGGAUACUUGCGGUCAGGUUGUGUAUGAAAGCUCUUUUCGCUUUGAUGAGCGCUUUCCUCAUUAUAAUACAAAGAAUGGCGCGUUGCGUUCAGCUGAGAAUGAAGUGGCUAUCCCGUCGUUCAUGUUUGUUGAGUCUCUGGACGCCAUCAUGGGCGUCCUGGCCAAGAGCUCCGUUGAUUUGACCAAGAUCAAGAGCAUUAGUGGCAGUGCGCAGCAGCACUCGUCUGUGUAUUGGAGCAAAGACUUUUCACUGCGUAGGUGUUUUGAUGCAGUUAUAGAUUCGGAUGUCACGACGAUGAUAGAAGCCAUGAAGAAGCAGCAAGAACCCGUUUUCUGCCUACCCAAUGGCCCCAGCUGGAUGGACAGCUCUACAACGCAUUACUGCAAGGAGUUGGAGGCUGCUGUUGGUGGAUCUGAUCGCGUUGCUGAGAUCAGUGGAUCCAGGCCUACGAGCGCUUUACAGGCAACCGAAAUUGCUAAGAGAAUUCACGAGGACCCGGCGUCCUAG